AAAUGUGAAGGAACGUUCAUCCGUUUUUAAGACUUUGUACAUUCUGGAUAAACUGUAUACGCUCCAUAGUGGGCUCUUCUGAUCUGGAGUGAAAAAAAAUUGCGACUUUGCUGGGUUUUCUUGCCCUGGACAUUGGUACAGGAGGACCAUCAAGAUGUCUGUGGAGAGAAGACUGAAGGACUUGGAGGACAUGGUCCUUAAAGGCCCCCAUGGGUCUGGAUAUCAAUCGUUAAGCGUGGAAACUCUUUUAGACGUCCUCAUCUGCUUGUGUCAAGAAUGCAGUGUAGCACCUCUCCGUCGGGACAAGAACGUGUCAGAAUUCCUGGCCUGGGCUGAACCAUUUUCCUCAAAAAUCAAGCAGAUGAGGCUCAAAAGAGAAGACUUUGAGAUUUUAAAAGUCAUUGGGAGAGGAGCAUUUGGGGAGGUGGCUGUGGUGAAAAUGAAAGGCAGUGGAAAGAUCUUUGCCAUGAAGAUUCUACACAAAUGGGAGAUGCUAAAACGAGCUGAGACUGCUUGUUUUCGUGAAGAAAGGGACGUUUUGGUGAAAGGAGACACAUUGUGGAUUCCAAGCUUACACUAUGCAUUUCAUGAUGAUAGCUACUUGUACCUAGUGAUGGAUUACUAUGUUGGAGGAGAUCUGUUGACUCUGCUUAGCAAGUUUGAGGACCGCCUACCAGAAGACAUGGCUCGCUUUUAUUUGGCAGAAAUGGUAUUAGCCAUAGACUCCAUGCAUAAACUGAACUAUGUGCAUAGAGAUAUAAAACCAGAUAACAUUCUCAUUGACCUGAAAGGCCACAUCAGGCUUGCAGACUUUGGAUCAUGUCUAAAGAUGCGACCAGAUGGCAAGGUGGAAUCGUCAGUAGCUGUUGGCACACCUGACUAUAUUUCACCAGAAAUUUUACAAGCCAUGGAGGACGGCAAGGGGAAGUAUGGGACAGAGUGUGACUGGUGGUCUUUAGGAGUCUCCAUGUAUGAACUUCUCUUUGGAGAGACUCCUUUCUAUGCCGAGUCUCUUGUAGAGACAUAUGGAAAAAUAAUGAAUCAUGAGGAACAUCUGCAAUUUCCAUCUGACGUUACUGAUGUAUCUGAACAUGCAAAGGAUCUCAUCAAGCAACUGAUAUGUCGGCAAGAGAAACGCCUUGGAAGAGGAGGUGUCAGAGAUUUCAAAAAACAUCCAUUCUUUAGCGGAGUAGAUUGGGACAACAUACAUACUGCUGUUCCACCCUACAUCCCUGAGGUUGAUAACCCAGCAGACACCUCCAACUUUGAUGUGGAUGAUGAUUCUUUGAAAAAUGUGGAAACAUUGCCUCCAAAUAACCUCAAUGGGUUUGCUGCUCAUCUUCUACCUUUUGUUGGAUUUACAUUUACAUCCAACUGCUCCUUGUCAGAUGCCGGGUCACUGAUAAGUUGUGUCAGUAAUGGUGUAGGAACUAAACUAGGGCAAGAAAAAGAUCAGUACCAAGACAACGAGAUCCGCAGUUUGAAGACUGAAAUAGAAGUUCUGCAAAAGAAAUUAACAGAAAAGUCCAAGGAGCAGGAUUCAAUUUCAGGAACACAUAUCCAAUCCCUGGAAAAACAAGUGAAAACACUCAAACAAGAGAAAGAUCGCUGUACUAAGGAACUCUCUGAAAUGUUGGAGCAGCUGAAAUCUCAAGGAGCGGAACACAGGGCGGCUCUGGAGAAGCAGAGAAGACUGCAGGAGGAGCUGCGUGCACUGGAUGAGAAGUGUGAUGGGCUGAGUUCCCAAAAUGGACGUCUGUCUCGCAGGCUGAAUGAAAAGGAAGAUGAGGCAGAGGCAGCAGCAGAGAAAGUGAGGACUUUGAGAAAGGACUUGCAGAAAGCGGAAGCUGGUAGAAGAGAGGCUGAUUCAUUAGCAGAAGAUUUGGCCAUAGAAUUGGACAGACAGAAGAAACUGCGAGAGAGGAAUGAGGUUCAGGCUUCAGAGGAUCUGGAAAGAGUAAAGACACAGCAAUCUGUUGCUUCUCCUGUCAUAAGUGGCUCAUUUCAUGUUUCUGAGAUGACCCAGCUGAGACUGGAACUUGAAAAGAGGUGCCAACAACUGGAGAGUGACCUUUCCCAGUUGCAGGAAGAGUUUGCACAACGGGAAGCUGAACAUGCCAAUGAGACGAAAGUGCUCCGUAGAGAACUUGCAGAGAAGGAAGCAGAACUGAUAUCACUAAAACAUGACAUGGAGGGAAUGCACGAGUCCAUUGGAAAAAGGAGAAAUGACAGCGCAAGAGCAAAAGAGGAGGAAUUUCAGGAGAUCAAGAAUACUAAUGAACGGGAGAAGAAUCAGUUGAAGGCAGAUAACAAAAAACUUCGGGAAGAACUGGAGAGGAUUACUGUCAACUCAGAAAGUAUGGCUGCUUCUCAAAAAAAAAUGGAGGAGGAAUCGCAAUUUUUGGAAGACAAGAAAGAAACAUUGGCCAACUGGGAGGCCCAAGUCACAGACAUUCUUCAAUGGGUAAAUGAUGAGAAGCAGUCCCGCAUGUAUCUACAGGCUUUAUCUGUCAAAAUGACUGAAGAGCUUGAUGCACUGAAGGGUUCUGGUAGUCAAACGCCAUCCAGCAAGACAGGGGAAAACCAGUGGAAAGCACGCAGACUUCAGAAAUUAGAGGCUUCAGGACGUUUAGAGCUUCAGUCUGCCCUUGAUGCAGAGAUCCGAGCCAAGCAAAGUGUUCAGGCGGAGGUGAACAAACUCAAAUCUGAGAACCUUGAAACAGAUAGGAAACUACAGGAAGCAGAUGAAGAAAACAAGAAUCUGAAAGCAGAACUAGAGAAACUGCGUGAGGAAGCAAAGUCAAAGGUUACAGCAGAAAAUAAGCCACAGCGCUCCCUCAUAACAUUUCUCUCAUUCCGCGAGAAGGAUCUGGUCAGUACAGAAUCCUCUGAGCAGCACCAGACAUUCAGCAAUGUCAUUAUGAGACGUGGAGACAGAACUGAUUCUGUCAAGAAUAAGGUUAACAGGAGGUCUGUUGGAAUCAUGGAAUAUACAGAAGAGCCAUCAGACAAACCCAAGGCACAUGCUUUUAAAGUGAAAAAUUUUACUUCUCCACCAAAGUGUCUGCGUUGUACAUCUGUUAUGGUUGGACUGGCACGACAAGGAUUGUGCUGUGAAGUUUGUGGCUACACGUGCCACGUGUCAUGUCGGGAGGGUGCCAAUAUCUGUCCUUCUCCACCUAGUCAGAAUAAGAAGAUCUAUGGAGUGGAUCCAGUGACUGGCAGUGGAACAGCUCUGGAAGGAUAUUUAUCGGUCCCUAAGCCAACUGGAGUAAAGAAGGGAUGGCAGAGAGCCUACGUAACCAUAAGCGAUUUCAGGAUCCUCAUAUAUGAUGCCAGCAAUCAAGCAAACACAAUUCUACAGGCCAUUGACAUGAGGGACCGUCAUUUUUCAGUCAGUUCAGUGUUGGAGUCUGAUGUGAUUCAUGCAAACCCCAAAGACAUUCCUUGUAUAUUCCGGGUAACGUUCUUUCAGCUCUCAUCCCCACCCAUCACAUCCACUCAGCUCCUGCUGGCAGACACUGGGGAGGAUAUGCAGAAGUGGGUUCAGGUACUGAAUGAGCUCAGGUCACUCCUGAAUGAGCAGAAGCCACAAGAUUGCUCAGUCCGGUUACUGAAGGAGGCUUAUGAUAGUGCAUUGCCACUAAUAAGGACAGCACAGUGUGCAGCAAUCAUAGAUCAAGAACGAAUUGCUUUGGGAACAGAAGAUGGACUUUUCUUAUUGCAUAUGCAUAAUAAUGAAAUCACUCAGCUAGGAGACUGCAAGAGAGUAGCUUCUUUGCGCUGUGUCUCUGAAGUCCAGCAGUUAGUGGUGCUUAGUGGAAAGAGUCACAGCGUUCGCCUAUUCUCCUGGGACUUUAUACCAGACUCGACCGGAGUAAAGAUUCCUGAGGCAAAGGGCUGUCAGGCCAUUACAUCUGGUCUGGUUUGCCAAGGCUCCACAGCUGUUUUGUGUGCCGCUUCCAAGCGUCAAGUCACCUGCUUCCAACUGACAAACCGCAAGGGUCUUCCACGCAAGAUUAAAGAGUUCCAGGCACCUGGAGCGGUGCAGUGCAUGGACAUCUUGGGGGAACGACUUUGUGUUGGCUAUUCCUCUGGAUUUUCUCUUUAUCCUCUCCUAAAUGAAGGAGCUCCAUUUAACUUGCCCCACCCAGAUGAACCUAAACUAUCUUUUCUGGCACAGACUGCCCAUGAUGCCUUUUGUGCAGCAAGACUCACCCUUAGUGAAUACCUACUGUGCUUUUCCACAUUUGGAGUCUAUGUGAAUGCAGAAGGUAAAAAGUCUCGACCGCAGGAGAUUAUGUGGCCUGCUCCUCCACUGGCCUGCUCAUACACAUCUCCUCACCUAACAGUUUUCAGUGAAAAUGCGGUGGAUAUAUUUGAUGUACGAAAAAGUGAGUGGCUCCAAAGUGUUCACCUCAAGAAGGUUCGACCCUUAAAUCAGGAAGGAUCUCUCUGUGCUUUUGGAACAGAGAAAGUCCGCUUGGUGUAUCUACGUAAUAAAUUAGCAGACCAAGAUGAGUUUGAAGUGCCAGAGACGUCCGACAACAGUGGGCGACAGCUUCUUAAGACAAAAAGCAAGAGGCAUUUCUCUUUCCGGACUACAGAUGAGGAGCGGCAGCAGCAGAGAAGGGUUAUGAUGAAAGAUCCACAAAUGAGGUCAAAACUAAUCUCCAAUCCUAAGAACUUUAAUCAUUUGGUACAUGUUGGUCCUGGAGAUGGAAAGCAUCAGUUGAAGGACUUGCCAAUAGCACAAGAAGAGAAAAGGAAUAGUAGUGGACAUGAUGUUGGGACAGAGAGACCUUUGUCUUCCAGUAGUGACACUGUAAAGCGAAGCUCCUGCAGCUCUCAAUCGGAGGAUUCUCUUUCUUCACCUCUCGGCCUCAUCCCCUCUUCUGACUUAGUGAGUGAGAUCUCGGACCACACCAGCCUUUUAAACCUGUCUAACACUUCAUCCUAAAACGAUUAGUCUACUCCUGUAUCCAGUGAGGUCCGUUCUAGUCACUGCCAAAUCCAGGAGAAGCAUGCCUGAUCUAUAUGCCAAACCACGGACAAAGGACGUCCAACCCAAACCAUGCUGGAUGUGACCGUGGAAGAUCCUGCAUGUAAACUCAGAACAGAUGUCUUAAAGAAGUGGUGCCAAGUACUACAGAUGUGUCAUCACUGAAGAGCUUUAUUUUAUAGUGACUGUUUUAUACAUGUAAUUAUUGUUAAAUUUUAUAAAGUCCGA